AUGUUCAACCUGAUGAAAAAGGACAAAGAGAAGGAUGGGGCCCGAAAGGAAAAGAAGGAAAAGAAGGAGAAGAAGGAGCGGAUGUCAGCGGCUGAGCUCAAGAGCCUGGAGGAGAUGAGCAUGCGCCGGGGCUUCUUCAACCUCAACCGAGCCUCCAAGAGGGACUCCAAGACCCGCCUGGAGAACAUUGACUCUGACAGCAACCGGGGCAGCGUCAUCUUGGACUCGGGGCACUUGAGCACGGCCAGCUCCAGUGACGAUCUCAAGGUGGACGAUGCCAACUUCAAGGGCUCGGUGUUGCAGCGGGCAGCCAAGUUCGGCUCGUUGGCCAAGCAAAACUCCCAGAUGAUUGUCAAACGCUUCUCCUUCUCCCAGAAGAGCCGGGACGAGAGCACCUCGGAGACAUCCACCCCCUCUGAGCACUCGGCGGCCCCCUCCCCACAGGUGGAGGUGCGCACACUGGAGACCCAGCUUGCCAACCCGCGGCAGCUGGAGCUGCAGAGGCGCAACACAGGUGAUUUUGGCUUCUCCCUACGCCGCACCACCAUGCUGGACCGGGCGCCCGACGGGCAGGUGUACCGGCGCGUCGUGCACUUCGCCGAACCUGGAGCUGGCACCAAAGACUUGGCGUUGGGGUUGGUGCCGGGUGACCGGCUGGUGGAGAUCAACGGGCGAAACGUGGAGAACAAAUCCCGGGAUGAG